UGUUACUAAACUAUAAUGCAUUAAAAUAUCAUUUCAUUUCGGUUACGUUUUCCAAGUUCUUUUUUCUAAUUUCCUUGAACUUUUCUCUAAAGCCGUUUACUUCAGCACUCGGACCUGUUUACUGAAAUAGAAAGAUGAGGAAACAGUAUAAAAUGUAACUCUUGUGCUUUUAUGUGUGUCGCUGCAGGGAAACGAUGUACAGUGUGUGUGUGUGUGUGUGUGUGUGUGUGUGUGAAGUGCAGGAAACACCUCAAAGACCUCAUUCUCUUUCCAGACCAAUCAAAGCCCGUUUGUCCGUCAAAGUGCAUCGCGCGCACCGCUCGGACCCCUGGCCGGCUGUGGGGGGGGGUCCAGGCGCCUCUAGCAUGAUGUCAUACCUGAAACAGCCCCCGUACGCCGUGAACGGCCUGGGGCUCAGUGGCGCCGCCAUGGACCUGCUGCACCCGUCCGUGGGGUACCCAGCCGCCCCCCGCAAGCAGCGCCGGGAGAGAACCACGUUCACGCGCUCCCAGCUCGACCUGCUGGAGGCGCUUUUCGCCAAGACGCGCUAUCCGGACAUCUUCAUGAGGGAGGAGGUGGCGCUCAAGAUCAACCUGCCCGAGUCCAGAGUCCAGGUGUGGUUUAAGAACCGCCGGGCCAAGUGUCGGCAGCAGCAGCAGAACAGCAGCAGCACCAGCAGCGCCGGCAGCGGCACCGGCACCGGCACCAAGACGCGUCUCGCUAAGAAGAAGUCGUCUCCCGCCCGCGAGAGCACCGGGUCCGAGAGCAGCGGUCAGUUCAGCCCGCCUGUCGUGUCCAGCACGGGGUCGUCGUCGUCGUCCUCCUCCAGCUCUAACUCCUCCGGCCACGGCGGUGGCCUCGGUGGCGCCACCACAUCUGUCAGCACCCCAGUGUCCUCUAUCUGGAGCCCCGCCUCCAUCUCGCCCAGCUCCGCCCCUCCGUCUGCCUCGCUCGCAGACGCCACGCCCCCGGUCAAUGCCUCCUGCAUGCAGCGUUCGGUACCCGCGGCCGCCGGGUCCUCUUACCCCGUGUCCUACAACCAGGCCGGAGGCUACGGCCAGUCGUAUCCUAACCCGUCAGGCUCCUACUUCGGCGGCGUGGACUGCAGCUCCUACCUGGCGCCCGUGCACAGCCACCCGCACCCCCACCCGCACCAGCUGAGCCCGAUGGCUGCCUCCCCCAUGCCAGGUCACCCUCACCACCACAUGGGCCAGUCUUCAGGUCACCACCACCACCAGGCGUACGGCACCCCCGGUCUCACCUUCAACUCCACGGACUGCCUGGACUACAAGGAGCCGACGGCCUCUUCUUGGAAGUUCAACUUCAACGCGGCGGCUGCGGCUGCGGCUGCCGACUGCUUGGACUAUAAAGACCAGGCCUCCUGGAGGUUCCAAGUGCUCUGAUUGUCCUCCUCAUCCUUACUUCGGGGCCCCCGGCAGUAAUGACGGUACAGAAAUGGCCCCGAGGACACGUGAAGUGGACAGUGGACAAGUGUCCCUUCUUCACUCAGUGAGAAUUGAGAGCCGUCCAAGGAAAUCCCGCAAAUAUGAACGGUGACCAGCCCCUUGUUUUUCCAUCGGCACCACUUGUCGUGUCCCUGGACUUCUGCCCCCCCCCCCCCAACCCCCCUA